AAAAACUUUUGUGAAUGUAUUCUACUUAGAACCAAAAAUGUGAGGAUAUCUUCCUCACAUGUCCUUUGGCAAGGUUCACAUUUUCACACAAAAUGGGGAUGGGGGAAGAGAAUUCUUGCUUUGAGUGGUGUAAAAUUCUUGCUUUGAGCUUUGAGCUGUAAGCCCUUAAAGAAAAAUAAGAAUUGUUUUUGAAACAUCAUUUCUGGGAAAAAAUUGUAUUUUUGUCUUUAAAUCCAAAUAGCCAAUCACAAAUAAUUGCCCCAAUUUUCUUAAUCAUUCUAAGCAAAUGGUGAGGACAGUAUCAUUCAGAACUUUUAACAUUUAACUGGGAAUCAUAGAAUCAAAGAACUGGAGAGUUGGAGAGGAACCUCAGGGGGCAUCUACCUCUAGGGCCAGAUUUCCAGGGGAUAAGAGGGAGAGUCUGUGCACUUGGAUGAAAAAAAUUACAUUAUUAUUAUUUUCACUAACUUUUGGUUUCCUUUGUAAAACUUUGUAUUUUUUGCAUAUAAAAUUAUUUUUCUAAGAAAGGGAUCAUAAGCUUUGCCAGAGUAUUAAGAAAGAAUCUUCCAUGGAGUCCAACCUAUACAUAAAGAAAUACCCAAUCUCACCACUUCCACAAUCCAUGACCAUUAGCCCUUGAUUCUCGAUUAUUUAAAUGAACUAUCCAAAGACAUUUGGUUUACUGUGCUCUUUUUUGUUGUGACUUCACUCCUCACAAUAGCGUAACUUGAAUUUUGUCUUUUUUUUGUUAAAAAAAAAUUAGUAUCCCAUUUAGAUCUCAGAAACUUAAUGUUAAAAUAGCACCCAGUAUUACAAAGUAGAUGAAGCUUUCACAGAUGAAGUCUUAUAAGUCCAUUAUGAAAUAUUAUCCCUUAGAACCAGUGAAAGUCAGUAAUGAAAGCAAUAGAAAAAAAAAUUCAAGGGGGCUCAAUUCUAAUGUUGGUGCUGUCUUCCUUGAUAAAAAAAAAUGUUAUGGAAAUUCAGUUUUCUAUGACAUAAUUUUAUCACACAUAAAGGGAAAAAGAGGAGAAACAUUCUUCAAAAGAUAUUGAUAAUGGGGCAGCUAGGUGGCCCAGUGGAUAGAGCAUUACCCCUGAAGUCAGAAGGACCUGAGUUCAAAUCUGGUCUCAAACACUUAAUGCUUCCUAAUUGUGUGACCCUGGACAAGUCACUUAAUCCCAAGUGCCUGGAGGGGGAGAGGGAAAUAAAAGAUUUUACCAGUGCUAUUAAACUAAUAUGAAAUUUAUUGAUUAUUUAUUAUUAUUAUAUAUUUGUUAUUAUAUUAUUAUUAAUAAUAUUAAUAUUAGUAAGAUUAUGACCUAAUAUAAAUACAAUAUACUGUAUAACACUAUCCCACACCAUACCAUACCAUACCAUACCAUUACUAUUACCAUGCCAUACUAUACUAUACUAUACUACACUACACUCUACAAUAACAUAUUAUUCUAAAAUAUGAUGAGAAUGUAAAAAAACUUUGUAAAGUCUCCACAACUUUGAACAGAGAAUCUUCCUGGAUACUGGAUAAAUACUUUUAAAGAACUGUUUUGAUAUAUGGUCAUUAAUUACAUGUGUGCACAAUAUAUUUACAAACACAUUAACCUAUGCAUACAUGCAUAUGUUGUUAUAGAUUUAUAUUCACUAUGGCAAGUAUGGAUGUAUAACUUAGACUCAUAUCUAGAUGCAUAAACUCAGAUGAAAUACAUUUUAAAGUAUAGCUAUCAUAUGAUACCACUACUGCCAUCAUCAGAAUCCUAAUUUUAAAAGUUAAAUAGCUCUUUUCCUUUAAAAAUCAGCAUAGGGUUAAAUGUGCUUAAAUUCAAAGCAGGGGUUCUUAGCUUUUUUUCUUAGCUUUAGUUUCCCAAAGAUGCCUUUGAUAGGCUGAUGAAGAUUAUGGAUUCUUUCUCAUAAUUUUUUUUAAAUGCAUAAGAUAAAAUACACAGGAUUUCAAAAGAAAUUGAUUAUGUCGAAUUUUUUUUUAAAUAUAAUUUUUCCCUCCCAACUUCAUAGGCCCUCUUUAAAUCUAUCAUUGGAUACUUCAUUUAAAAAGGUAUUCUAAAGCAUUAAGCCUUUGUGAAAUACAAUACUUGGAUAAGGAUCAGGGUAUUUGGGGUUUUCAGUUCAUAAAGUUUUAUUUGAGAGAUAUUUUAUGUACAUAUGUGUGGUAUCAGUAUCAAGGAGAGGAAAGGUCAUGUGGACCCUGGUGAGAGCUAAAACUGAAAUUUUGAAAAGUUUGGACACUGAAAGCCAAAGCUCAGAUUACUAAGCUAUCCUCUGUGACAAAAUAGGUUUAUUUGACAAUUUCCUGUUAGUGAAAAAGAAAAAAGAAAAAAAAAAAAAAGAUCUUAAUUUAUUGUAUUUUCUUCUUACCCAAACCAUAUAACUAUCAAAGAUGCUUGCUUAAAGAAACAGGUUACUAGGGUAAUGAAAUGAUAUAGUGGAUAGAAUAGUAGCCCUGAAUUCAAGAGAACCUGGAUUCAAAUGCAGCCUUAGACAUUAAACACUUACUAGCUGUGUGAGCCUGGGCAAGUCACUUAACCCCAAUUUCACCCUCCCCCCAAAAAAAGAACCAGGUUGCCUUAUUUGGUUAAAUUCAUAAGCAUAAGCAAAAUCCAAUACCAUAUCAGGAUGAGCUGUGAUUUUAACAUUGGAAGCCAAAUACACUGUGAUAUAAUCAUUAUCUGCCACAAAUUGUCGUCAAUUGAAUACCAAUCCUUUUGGCAUUUUAGGUGGUUAUUUUUUUUUUUUUUAGAACAAAAAUGAAUGAAAAAGAAAGCUAAAUGUAGCACUCUCUUUUCUCAUGUUUCUAAUAGAAGCAACUGUGGAUUAGGUUUUAGAAAAUCUGAUUUUUAUUUCUUGUUGAUCUUACCAUACUUUAGUUUAUUCACUUGCAAAAUACAACUAAUGCUCCCUUUCCUACUGCUCCAGAGAAAUGUCUGACACACAUAGAUAGCUUGAGUACACUACCUGUGCUUUAGAAGAAUGUGAUUUUGAGAAGUAAUGCAAAGCAGCAUUUCUUCUGCAUAAAUUUAUGAAAAUGAUCUCUGCAACAUCCCAUUUGUUAUAUCUGAUCUUUCAACUGUUUCACUUUAAGCCAUUUAUGUCAUUUCCCUGAAACUUUGAGCUUUGUUUUUCAAGAAUUAAGCUUUAGAGGGGCAGCUAGAUGAUGCAGUAGAUAGUGGCCUGUAGUCAAAAAUCCCUGAGUUUGGAUCUGGCCUCAGACAUUUAACACUUCCUACCUGUGUGACCCUGGCCAAGUCACAUAACCCCAAUUGCCUCACUCCCCAAAAAAGAAUUAAGCUUUGGGGUUACCUUUUAAUUUUUUUUUGCUCUCUUCUUCAUCUUAGAUAUUUGCUACCCAAAUUCAAAAGUAUUCUAUAUUUCUACUGCCGAAAUCCCUUUCCUUCUCUUCUAUAUCCAAACUGUAAACUGAAAUACUGUAUUUGGUGGCCCUAUUACUCAUAUUUACAUCUUCCUUACUUCUUUUACCUUAAAAGGCUUUUUGAGAUUACACUUGUCUUAGGAUCAUUCAAAGCACUACUGUUUUCACUAUUUCUGCCUCUGUGGAAACGUCAUCCACAGUUCUCUAAGUUCCAAUUUCAAGAGCUCAUUUUCUAGGUGACUACCCUAUACUGUUAAGCCAAACUCCAGGGCUGAUAUUCCCAAUGUUGAACUUCUUUUGUGCAGAAAUUCUUUCUAAAAUGCUAUGGCCUUAAUAUAUUCUAGGACCUAAAAAGUCCCUGCUGAUUGCUUUUAUUCUGCCAGGAACACUGCCCUGAUUUGCACCAAUUCUUGACAGCUUCCCACAGACAAACACCUGCAGAACCCUGCCUGAAAUCACAGCCGAAAUAGCUCCUUCUUCUGUUCAUUUGCACAAGGAACCCCCCAUUCCAGUAACGGUACAGCUAACAAGAUGAACGGCGCUUUGGAUCACUCAGACCAACCAGACCCAGAUGCCAUUAAGAUGUUUGUCGGACAGAUUCCCCGGUCGUGGUCUGAGAAGGAGCUAAAAGAACUUUUUGAGCCUUACGGAGCUGUCUAUCAAAUUAAUGUCCUCCGAGACCGGAGUCAGAACCCUCCCCAAAGUAAAGGUUGUUGUUUCGUAACAUUUUAUACAAGAAAAGCUGCACUUGAGGCUCAGAAUGCACUGCACAAUAUUAAAACCUUACCUGGGAUGCAUCAUCCCAUUCAGAUGAAACCUGCAGACAGUGAAAAGUCAAAUGCUGUGGAAGACAGAAAAUUGUUCAUAGGAAUGGUUUCGAAGAAGUGUAAUGAGAAUGAUAUCAGGGUGAUGUUUUCUCCAUUUGGCCAGAUAGAAGAAUGUCGAAUCCUCCGAGGACCUGAUGGGCUGAGUCGAGGCUGUGCGUUUGUCACAUUUUCUACAAGGGCAAUGGCACAGAAUGCAAUCAAAGCCAUGCAUCAGUCUCAGACCAUGGAGGGCUGUUCUUCACCUAUUGUGGUGAAGUUUGCUGACACCCAGAAAGACAAAGAACAAAGGCGUCUCCAACAGCAGUUGGCACAGCAGAUGCAACAGCUCAAUACUGCCACUUGGGGGAACCUGACAGGCCUGGGUGGACUCACCCCACAGUACCUGGCGCUUCUGCAACAGGCAACCUCCUCCAGUAACCUGGGUGCAUUCAGUGGCAUUCAGCAAAUGGCUGGCAUGAACGCUUUACAAUUACAGAAUCUGGCAACAUUAGCUGCCGCUGCGGCUGCUGCCCAAACCUCAGCUACCACCACCAAUGCAAACCCUCUCUCCACAACAAGUAGUGCCCUGGGAGCCCUCACGAGUCCUGUGGCUGCUUCAACUCCCAAUUCCACUGCUGGUGCAGCCAUGAAUUCCUUGACCUCUCUGGGGACUCUGCAAGGAUUGGCUGGAGCCACCGUUGGACUGAAUAAUAUUAAUGCACUAGCAGGUACCAUAAACAUGUCCUCACGAUCCUUCUGGCUGCCUAAAGUUGCUCAAAUGCUCUCAGGUAUGGCGGCUCUGAAUGGAGGACUUGGCGCCACGGGCUUGACGAAUGGUACGGCUGGCACGAUGGAUGCCCUCACCCAGGCCUACUCAGGAAUUCAGCAGUACGCUGCCGCCGCGCUGCCCACGCUCUACAGCCAGAGCUUAUUACAACAGCAGAGUGCCGCGGGCAGCCAGAAAGAAGGUCCAGAAGGGGCAAACCUCUUUAUUUAUCACCUUCCACAGGAGUUUGGAGACCAGGACAUUCUGCAAAUGUUCAUGCCUUUUGGAAAUGUUAUCUCUGCUAAAGUCUUCAUUGACAAACAGACCAAUCUGAGCAAGUGCUUUGGUUUUGUUAGCUAUGACAAUCCUGUCUCUGCACAAGCUGCUAUCCAAGCUAUGAACGGCUUUCAGAUUGGCAUGAAACGCUUGAAGGUCCAGCUGAAGCGUUCCAAAAAUGACAGCAAACCUUACUGAUCUUAACCCCAGAAGCUCACUGCUCUUAUUUUAGCUUUCUUAGGGUAAGUCCCAUGAGCCAGCCUGUUCUCCACAGGGAAGGCAAAGGAGGACCACAUUGCCAACUUUCACCAAGAGAGACAGUUAUUUUUACAUUAACGCCUCCAUUCCCCUACCCACCCACCCACCCAACUCGCCAUUAUCAAAACUUGGGCUACUUCUUUCCUACGAGUAAAUUCCUCCAGUUGUGCUACUGUAUUCUCUUUUGUUUUGCGACUUUAAUUGUUUUUUUUUUUUCAUUCUUUUAUUUUUUAAAGAAAAACACAAAAAAUAAAUGACAUCUUGAAAAGUUAGAAGACAAACUCUAAUGUGCAAUUUAACUCUGAAACUGCCGGUACCCUUGAGAGCACUGGCUAGGAAUAUUAAUGGAUGUCUGUCUGAACCUAAGAAAGGGCACCAGCAGUUUAGAGUUUAAUGUGGUGGCCUAGAGUGAGAGCAAAGCCAAGAGAAGCACUUAUUCAAAAUUAAGCAAACAAACAAACAAACAAAAAAAGUCUUUCCACUACAUGAAUUCAUUAUAAUAAGAAGGAUUUUAUUUUAGGGUUCAAAAAACAUGAGGUUUAUUGGUCAAAUUAUUACACUGGUUGUCUUUAUUUUACCAUUGUUUUUAUUUUAGUUUUUAGAAAGGAUUAAUGUAAAAAAGAUUUAGAGGAUCUGUUUCUUAAAGCUACAGGGUUUAAAAAAUAAAAUAAAAAUGAGUGAAAAUACUUGAUGUUUCUUGACAGAUAAAUUUAAUAAUAAUAAAUACAUAAAUAAAUACAUAAAUAAAUAAAAAAGAAAGCCACAGGCCUGUAAAUUUUAUUUGUAAAAAAAGCAUUUCUAUUUUUAUACAAAAUUUUUACUGCCUCAGAAAUAAUGGAAGUUAUUUAUUGCCUAUUGUUAACUUAUUGGAUACCUAAAGAGCAGUUCUCUGUGCUAGCUAGAUCCUUUUGAAGUAGUCUCUAGAGUACUCGUGCCAGGAAUGGGCUUUUUUUCACCGUUGAACCCUAGACCUAAAAGUUCAUGCUUUAUCCUCUCGUUGUUUGUAUGUCUGGUUAUUUUAUUUGUAGUUUCCAUUAUCUAGUUUACAAUUCAGCUGUCUGACUUUUCCCUUAUGUUACAUUUGUUGAAACUGGUCCCUUCCCCCUUCCCCCUGCACCCCCAAACAACCGAAUCCAUCCCCCUUCUUGCUCUCUCUGGAUGGAUUCUCUUGGGGUUUCAUUGUGCUGUGGAUACAGAUUGUAAGAAAUGCAAAUUAUGUGAAUGGCUCCUAGACUCCCUAAUGAGUUAAGAUUUGCAUUAGUUUUCUCCUGCACCCAUAAAAAUGAUUUUGUUUCUGCUGCAUAGAUUUCUGUGUAACUUUUUACUCUUCCUUGUUUUUUCCCUAGACAUCUUCAUGCCCGUUAGUUCAUCGUUUGCCUAGCAUGUCCCUGUGGCGUCUCAAAAAAAAAAAGUUUCAUCGUCCCGUCAUUGUUUCUGAUGUCUUUCUGACCUCUCAUCAUAUUUGGUUCUCCUACUGACCUUUGAAAUUUGCAUGUGACCUCAUCUAGCUAUGAAUUCUGGGAAGUCAAUGUGAAAAACAUUGCUGCAUUCAUGCAAGACUGAAAUUUAUUAUUAGACAAAUUAAUUGUAGAAGAAAAAAAAAAACCUGUGGCAAAAUGUUUCGUUCUUUCUUAAUUUUUUUUUUUCUUUUCGUAAAAAAAAAAAAAAAAAAAAAAAAAGACUUGAAAGUAUUAUACAGGGAUUGGCAUUCUUCCCGGUCACUGGUAACAAUAGCAAUAUGUGUCCAGGGACACAGAAUGUUGGUUUCUAACAGACUACUUCCAAAAACAGUUUGAGAAAAAAAAAAAAACUGUCUGAUUUUAAGUCUCUAGAGGUCUGUAAUCGUUUUUACAUUUUUCAGGCAGUGUAAAGUUUUUUGAUAAGGCCAUUUUAGGUGGCUCACUUUCUCAUUAAGAUAUAUAUAUAUAGAACCACUUUUUGUAGAUUAGAAUAAGAAAAUAUUUACCCUGUUUUGGGGCAAAUGCUACCUAUUUGUGUCACCUUUUGCUGAACUGACUCACAGUUAGACAAUCCAUGGUUUAAUGCACAUGAAAUUACCUAUAUUUUAUACUGUUCCAAUGUACAGAAGAAAGGUUACUGUAAAACUGUGUUACGUUGGUGCUUCUGUGAAUUAAGUUGUGGUUUCAUCAUGAGUCUUAUGGUCUUAAGUGUUCUAUGUUGAUAAGACAAGUUUAAAAAUUUGGUUUACUUGAACAAAACAAAAAAGAGUUUCAAAAAAAAUUGUUUGCUUAAAAAAAAUUUCAUGUGAGGAAAAAAAAAAAAACUAUUCCAGAAUAAGUUUUGUGUUGGCUUGUGAAGCAUUGAUGUCAUUUUUUUAUUGUGGACAAUUUAGGUGUGUUUGUGUUCAGCAAAAUGUGAUCUGUUUUUUUUUUUUCUUUUAAAGGAAAAAAAAAAAAAAAAAACAGUGAAACUAUAUAGUGCCAAAUUCCAAAGGUACUUCCUUCCUAGAGCUUCAGUGUGUUUCUUGUGAGAAGUAAUUUGAUAACAUGGGUAUUUUAUUAUGUGUUUUGUAUAAAUCCCUAAUAUUAAAAAAAAAAGAGGUUAAAAAGUUUGUUAACUUGCUAUCCUGUGGUCUUGUUGCCUGAAAUUGUUAUUGUUUGUUAUUUCUCUUUGAUGUUUUUUGUAAGACAUUGUAUAAGUGCCCAUGUCUCACUUUUUUAACCACUCUGCACAUCAAUGCUGUGAAGGCAAACCUCACAAUGUAUUUUCUUCAUAAUAUUAUGGAAACCUCUAAGGUGAGAAAGUUUUGAACUUUUAACCCUUUCUACCCAGAGCUGUCUGGAAUGUUGGUAUCUUUGAUACAUCCACCAUUUUAUUGUUGGGUUUGUUUGGGGGUGUUUCUGUUGGGUCAGUUCUUCCUCCUGCAUUUCCCCCUCCUUCCAUAUACCUGAUUUUUUGGCGGGGAUUUUGAUUUGAUUUUUUUGUUUGUUUGUUUGUUUUUUAAACAUGUUGAAAUCUAAAAGAAGGAAAAAAAAAUCCACAGGGCAGAUCUGAAGGGUAAAACCAAUAGUAUUUUACCAUUCUCCAAAAUUCCCCUUCCCUUCAUUUUUUUCCUUUCACUUUUAAGGACUUAAAAAAAAAAAAAAAUCUUCUCAGAGAGCUCUACAUGUGCUGCUGUAAUUUGCUGUUCAGUAUUAAAUAAUAACAGUUUCUUACUGAUUCUCUCCUCCCCUCAACCCAUUCCCUCAACAAAAUGGUGAAUUUUAGCACCUGAUGAUAUAAUUUUUUUUCCGAUUUGUUUUUGAAAUCAAGAGUGGUGGUGCAUUGUGGCCGAGAACUUUUUAAUGUGCACUGCAAUUUAAACUACUUUUUAAACAAAAAUUUCCUGGUUAACGUUUACAAUCGGCCAUUGUGCUGGGGAUUGUAUGAGCCCUCUGGGUAUGGCCUAUAAGUGCAGAGUACCCAGAAUUUGAAACUGGUAGCCCUUUCACUGCCUUUCUGACGUUACUUUGUUGGACUAAGUGCAUCUGAGGAGACUGUACAAGCAGAACUCACUUCUCAUUACUGACACACACAGAAAAAAAAAAAAAUUGCCAACCAAAUACCCAUCAGCAUUAAUUACCUGCUGCCGUUUUUCUAAAGUGCCAUAUUUCUUUUUAUAAAAUCAAACAUAGACAUCAUAAGGUCUUGACAAGACUGAAGGCCGUAACAACUACCAAAUGCAAAGCCCUUUCAGAAAAACAUAAAACAGGUCAUUGGUAUCUUCUCUGUGGCUGGGUACAAUGCUGAUGACCUUCCUUUCUCUCCUCUGACUCACUCGCCCCUUUCAGUUUAUAAUGUGUAUGGAUUGUGAUAGCCCUGAGGUGGAAAGGACUAGCCUCUCAUGAUGCAAAAAAAGCAAAAAAAAAAGAAAAAAAGAAAAAAAAGAAAAAAAAAGUUUCCUUCUUAUAGCACAUGCACUUACGAUGAAAUGAUUUUUAUUAUCCUCACACGUGUUUACUACUGCUGGGGCCUUCCUUCAUCCUUUGAGGGCUAUUUGUACUUCCUGCAGCAAUCUGCUUAAUAACAAAACAGAUCGCACAUAUGUCUCUCAUAUAUAUCUAUAUACAGGGUGUGUGUAUAUACAUAUAUAUAAACACAAGAGAACUUCAUUUGAAUCUUAGACUGUUUCACUCAGAAUCUUCUCAUUUGUCAACCACAUAAAUUUCCAAAGGUUUUUUUUCCCCAAUUUCUUCAGCAAAAGUUACUCUCCCUGUCCCCUUUUAGCCCCUUCCCCACCUUCCUCUCGCCCAGAGUGGACUGAGCACUAUUUAGGAGAAAGCUGAGGGUGAGCACUUUUAGUUGAGCAUUUCUUUUGCAGGCAACCAAGAUAUGGUAGGUUUGAUGGAAACGUCUGUCCUCUUCCCCCCUUUUAUUUGUAUGUGUCGUCUCUGUUAAGCAACUUAUCCCUCCUUAGUGAGGAAUCAUGCUCCGGUUUACUUUGACUCAGAAUAUCAAAAGGAAAAGCUGCAAGGGUGCAAAGGGCCUAUGCCAGAAGGAAUAACAAAACAAAAC